GGAUAUUGGGAUGGAGGUAGUAGCGCUUUUAAGUGUGCAGCUUGAACAAGAGCAGCGCUUGCUGGGACUCUUGUGGUCGACACCUGGCAACAUAUUUGAUGCUUUGCCUGAGAUAUACUACUAGUGUACGUGCAUGAGGAAGAAAUAUGCAAAGGAAAUCCAUGAGAUCACAUGUACUCCGUGAUCGUCAUGUCAAGACGCAAAAUAAAGAGCAAUUCGACAAUCUCAACCUGAGAUUGCGGAAUCAUCAGUGCUAUAUGUUGUGCAGAAUUGGAUGGACGAACGGAAUGCUGCUGGUACAUCAGUGUGAGAAAAGUACACGAUACGUAGCAGCAUAGGACAAAAUAUAUUGGUAGAUAUAUGGUCUGAUACUGGCAUGUAUUCCCUUGUCUGGAAAACAUAUACAAAAUCAAGUACUUAUUCUUGACUAGAUCGCUGGCAUCUCUAUCACUAACACUCUUCUUCUUCCCUUGGCGGCAGGACAAAAAGAGAGCGUACCUGACGAUGUCAAUGGACUGACUUGAUUGAGUAGCUGCUAUGCUAGGCCGUGUAAUGCUUCAGCAAUGGCUACAGGUCACGCAAUCCGAUCAUGCAUAUAUAGCUUGCUUGUUCGGUUGUUCCACUGUUCCGUGAGGAGGCUUCUGUUGCUGCAUCAACAAAGCGGUGCUCUGCUUGCCAACCUAUUGCAUUGCUACCUCAUCCAUGUACAAAUGUUUGUAUAUGAACUAGUUACCUAAUGACCUGAGACCGAAUCAAAAUGUUCCAUUCAAGAUAGCUACAUGUGUGGCAUUGCCUUGUUCCACCUGCAGCCAAACUGUGUAAUAUAAGCAAGCUUGCUAUAGGGGGACUAGGCACUCUAGGCUUACCUAAUCCACCCCUUCAGGCUUCAGCUGUUCAGUGCAGACACAGAGAAUGAAUUGGGUGGAGUUUCUGAAGCCCGUAGUCGCAAUGCUGGUGUUUGACACGCUCUUCGCGCUGAUGACAGCAUUGGUCAAGAAGGCUUUGGCUGAUGGGUUAAACCACGUUGUCUUUAUCACCCUACGCCAGUUUGUAGCGGCAGUCCUGCUCGCUCCGAUUGCUUAUUUCAAAGAAAGGAAUACAAGACCAAGAUUUACAACAGAGAUCUUUGCCUACAUGUUCAUGAGCGCAUUGCUUGGGGGAUUAUGUGCUCAGUAUCUGUUCUUUCUGGGGUUGAGCUACACUACAGCAACACUGACUGCAACAUUCUCCAACAUGACUCCGGUUUUCACCUUUUUAAUUGCUAUCCCUCUCCAACUGGAAACAGUUGAUGUGAGGAGCAAGGCGGGGCUGGCAAAAGUCAUAGGAACGCUCAUGUCUGUUGGUGGCGCGACGCUAUUGGGCCUGUACAAGGGAGCUGCCUUGACUCACACAACAUCGUCAGUCCAAGAGCACGGUGCAAAGGGUAUUACCUCCAACAGCAGCAGCAUCAGCAAGGAGCGAUGGAUGCUAGGCUCGGUCUUGCUGGUUUUAAACUGCAUCAGCUUCUCGUUAUGGAUGCUUCUGCAGGGGAAGCUCACCAAGAAAUACCCUGCAGUCUUCUCCAGCACUGCAUUCAUGACCUCGUUCAGCUCAAUGCAAGCAGGAGUUGUUGCACUCACAACACAAAGGCGCCUUUCGGUGUGGUUGAUUCGAGGAAACAUACAGAUCAUUGCUGUUGUUUUUGCAGGAGUGGGGGUAUCAGGGAUAGGGUAUGUGCUGAUGACCUGGUGCAUCGAGAAGAAGGGCCCAGUUUUCACUGCAGGCUUCAUGCCUCUCAUCCAGAUCAUGGCUGCACUCAUUGAUCUCUUCUUCCUUCAUGAGCAGAUUUUCCUUGGAAGGAACACAAGGCCUAAGAUGACAUGGGAGAUAUUUGUGUACCUCUUCUUCAGUGCAUUGCUUGGUGCUGGUCUGUCGCAGUACAGCUUCUUCUACGGGUUGCAGUACACGACGGCGACGUACGCGAUAACAUUCGCCAACUUGUCUCCUGUGCUCACCUUCCUCAUCGCCAUUGCGCUAGGGGUGGAAUCCCUCAACAUGAAGAGCAUGGCAGGAGGUGCCAAGGUCCUUGGUACGCUCACGUCCAUGGCAGGUGUGCUGUUGCUGAGCCUCUACAAGGGCGUGGCACUCACAAACCACCCAUCAGCUGCUGCUGCCAUGGAUGCUUCUGCAGGAGGAGGACAUGGUGGGUCAGUGAUGGUGAAGAACAAUAAGCAAUGGACGCUGGGGACGGUGAUGCUGCUGGGGAACUGCCUGUGCUUCUCGCUGUGGCUGCUGCUGCAGGGGAAGCUGACCAAGAAAUACCCGGCGAUCUACUCCUGCACGGCCAUCAUGUUCUUCAUCAGCACGCUGCAGGGUGGGGCGCUCACACUGGCCACCGAGAGGCUCACAGCCUCCGCCUGGACUCUCACCAACAAAGUGGAGAUCGUCACUGUCAUCUACUCGGGGGUGAUGGCGUCUGGAGUAGGGUACCUGAUAAUGACAUGGUGUGUGGGGAAGAGGGGCCCUGUGUUCACGGCAGCCUUCAUCCCGGUCAUCCAGAUCAUGGUUGCCUUCAUCGACUUCUUCUUCCUCCAUGAGCAGCUCCACCUCGGCAGCGUGCUAGGAUCAGUGUUGAUGAUCCUAGGUCUGUACCUUCUGCUGUGGGGGAAGAAGAAGGACGCUGCAGCUGCCUCCUCGGUGGUGGUGGUGGUUUGUUGUCCUGAACCCAAGCACCUGCCUGUUGAUGAUGAAGAGGCGCCCAACACCAUCAAAGCCCAACAGCAACCACCUUCACCACUCAAAUUAUAAUUGACCAUAAAUUAAUAUAAGUAUAUAGUUUGUUCUAACCAAUACUAUUAUUAUAUUUUAGCAAAGACCAAGAGCAAUUAGCUAAAAUAUCUAUAGAAUGUUUCCUUGUUUUCUUAGUGUCACCUAAACGGUUAUAAAAUAUUUUGAGAAAAAGGCAAGAUAAAUUAGUAUGUGAUAUAUCACUCCGUAAAUAUGUAAUUUUAAAUUUAACCUAUAUAAAUUAGAAAAAGAACAAAUAUGACCAUAAAUAGUACAUGUACUAGUUAGAGUCAGAUUUGUUCUUUUAUUAUAACUUAUAGAGGUUGAAUUAAUUGCAUGUUUAUAGAGUAACGGUGAUAUGCCUCAUAUUUAUCUAUUUUAUUAAUUAUUUUUUUCUAUUUUUUUCAUAGCUAUUUAGACAACACGUAACGACAUAGAAGAAAUGAGGGGACAUCUUUUGGGACAAAAAUCUAUCUCCGAUCAAUUAGUAUAUAUAUAGCAUCCCAAUGCAUGGUUCAUCUGCUGUACUGUAAGUGGACAAUGAAAAGAAGAUAAGAGUGAUUAUAUACUAUAUUGGUCGUGGGAUAUAUCACAACCAACCGAUGAUGGAUGCUCGCAUUUGCCAAAACUGCAACUAAAGUGAAGUGAUUGAGAGUAAACAUAUAUAGCUUUAUUCCACGCCAUUAUCACGCAAUUACUUUUUAAACUGUAAGAUAGUAGUAUAAGACAAGAACAAUAAUAUUUGCACUCGCUCA